AGCUCUAGAAACAGGCACAUCGAAAGAAACGUCGCCAGUUUGACAGUCGUGAGCACGCGUGCCGAGGGGUUGACAACAUUUUUCAAGCUUACAGGGACGGUUUGCUUCAAAUCUACUUAGCCGCUUGCCAGGCACCAGAAUACCUGAAGCUAAACUCCGAUGUACCGUGCAUCCUUGCGCGCUGCACGUCAGGGGGGAGCUUUCUGUCUCCGGUCGUCUCGCAUAGGGGCCACACUUUCCAUGCGGACCUUCCCCUCCGUCCCUUCUUCCCACUCCCCUUCUUUCACCACUCUUGUGGAGAGGCUCUGGUCGCGUGUGCCGAAAGGCUUCGGGCAAUUUUAUCCCAAGGAGGGAGGAUCUGCGAGCGAGGAAGCCAAUGGAAAAGGCGGGGACGGAGCGCGGAAAGAGGACAAGGGAGACGGCCCUCACGCCAACCAGCAGCAGCAACAGCAUCAAAAAGGCGGAGGGGGCG